AUGAGAUUCGCUCAACUUGUGGUAGGUCCAGCAGGGUCAGGAAAAUCAACAUACUGCUCUAUUAUUCAGAAACAUUGCGAAGUUACUGGCAGAACCUGUCACGUAGUUAACUUGGAUCCAGCAGCAGAGCAUUUUAACUACUCAUGUCAAUUAGAUAUACGGGAUUUAAUUUCAUUGAAUGAUGUAAUGGAAGAGAUACACUUAGGUCCAAAUGGGGGCCAAGUAUUUGCUAUGGAGUAUUUUAUAGAGAAUUUGGAUUGGCUAGAAGAUCAACUAAAUAAGAAUUUUGGGGACAAUGACUAUGUAUUAUUUGAUUGUCCUGGACAAAUUGAAUUAUUUACUCAUCUUCCAGUAAUGAAGAUUCUUGUAACAGCACUGCAGAGCUGGGAUUUCAGAAUCUGUGGUGUAUAUUGUUUAGAUGUUGGGUUUCUUACUGAUGCAAGUAAAUUUGUUGCAGGAUCUGUCUCAGCACUAAGUACAAUGAUUCAACUUGAAGUACCACAUGUAAAUGUCAUUACAAAAUGUGACAUCGUUCAAGAUGAGAACUUAGUUUCUAGUUUUCUUCAGAAGGACUCUCUUACUCUAAUUAAUGAUCUUGAAAAGGUUACUCCAAACCACAUAAUGCCUUUAAAUGUUGCUCUAGCCAAUCUUCUUGAAGACUACAGCAUUGUUUCUUAUGUUCCUCUGAAGCCAGAUGAUGAAGAUUCUGUUUCAAAUGUGUUGUUAAGUAUAGACAUGAAUCUUCAAUUUCACGAAGAACAAGAUCCAACUAUGAAUUUUGAUAUUAAUAACGAAGACUAUUAG